GUCUAUUUCAGAUUGAUACAGACCAUGUUCCGCCUGCUACUAAUGUUGAGCCUGGGCUUGCAACUUCAUCAUAUACAAGCUUCAUUCACGGUGAUAGCGCCUAAGGAGGUGUACACCGUAGAGGUCGGCAGCAACGUGAGCCUGGAGUGUGACUUUGACCCCGGGGAGUGUGCUGACCUGGAAGAAAUAAGAGCCAGUUUGCAGAAGGUAGAAAACGACGCCCCUUCGCAGAGUGAGAGAGCCGCCCUGCUGGAGGAGCAGCUGCCCCUGGGGAAAGCCUUAUUCCACAUCCCCAGGCUCCAAGUGAGAGACGCCGGGCAGUACCGCUGCCUGGUCAUCUGCGGGGCCGACUGGGACUACAAGUACCUGAUGGUGGAAGCCAAAGCUUCUUACAUGAAGAUAGACACUAGGAUUCUAGAGGUUCCAGAGAUGGAGGAGGUACAGCUUACCUGCCAGGCUAGGGGUUACCCCCUGGCAGAAGUCUCCUGGCAAAACGUCAGUGCUCCUGCCAACACCAGCCAUGUCAGGACCCCUGAAGGCCUCUACCAGGUCACCAGCAUUGUGCGCCUAAAGCCGCAGCCUGGCAGAAACUUCAGCUGCGAGUUCUGGAAUGCUCACACGAAGGAGCUUACUUCAGCUGUCAUUUACCCACGGAGCUGGAUGGAACCCAAAGUCCCCAGAACGUCAUCACUUCAUGUUUUCAUCCCGUCUUGCAUCGCUGCUUUAACCUUCACAGUUGCAGCGGUAGCCCUGGGGAAGAGGCUGUGUGGGAAGCUGUAUUCUAGAAAAAGAUCUGGACCUGUGGCCUCAGGAGUUGGAAUGAUCUGAGGGGUCACCCUCAAGAAGCUUCUGGAUGCUGAGUGAGGACCCCUUGGCCUUCACAACCUGCCAUUUGCACUUUUCAGUUGCCUUAGAUGAUAGCCCAGCGCUUCCAUCGGGAGCCUGAAGGACUGGCCUCUCUUCCUCAGUCUGAAGACUCCUCCAAACAAGCACAACAGCACUUUUGAGUUGCCCCUGGGCUCCUGCACCUCUGUGAGGGCUUGAGGUCCCUCUUGGCUGCCAGCAUGAACGCAAAAGGGUUUCUCCCUGAGGGUUUCUCCCUGGCUAUCCACAGGAAGAUAUGGAAAAUUCCAGUUACUAAAAUAGAUUGUCAAUAGAGUUAUUUAUAUCCAUCAUUUCCUCUGGGGGCUAGACUUUCCAGACAGGGUUUCCUGUAAACAAAGUCAUAACUGAUGUGUUUUAUAGCUUUCUAGAAUCCGCAGCCUUUAAAGUUCUAAUGAGCAGGAAGCACUUAAGCACACAUUAAGUACACAACUGUGGCAUUUGUUUCGAGUUUUCUUUUACAAAGCAUUUGUAUUAUCCUGUGUUGUCACUGUGUUUAUUGGUGUUUUCUCUUUCAACUACAUCUUUUUUAAAAAACCAAAAGUUGUAGGGUUUGUUGUUGGAUGUUGUUUCUGUUGUUAUUGUUUUGGUGGUGGUAGUGACGGUGGUGUUUUUCAGUGCUAUCACCUUCAAUAAAAAUCACAGUACUAAUGCGUUGUGCCUUCAGAGAUUCCAGAUGAAGAGCGAUAAUGGUAGUCCCUCAAGCUAAAUAAACCUUCUUCCCUA